UGGUCAAACAAGGGUUAUAAAAAUUUAAAAAUUGGGAUUUGUUUACAUUAAUAAAUAAUACAUGUUGAACCUUACCUUAAUAAAUACAUAAUGAAAUACAUAUGGUCGUAAUGUCAUAUUGUAUUUCGUCAUAAUUUGAUCAAAACAAAACAAAUUAAUUAGCCAAAAUGUUUAAAAAAUUACUAUUUGAUUUGAACUAUAAAAUCCUCACAAUUAAUAAAUAUAGUUCAAAGUACCUAAUUGCAAAUAUUUUAGGAAGAAAUCUACAUGUGAAUCAUAUAUGUAAAAUUAAAACUAAACCCGUACCAAAUUUGGGUUUAAGAAGUGAUAAAAAUAAAAUUUCUCCAUUAGGAUGGUUUCUUUUGGCAGUUCCUAUAACAACAUUCAGUUUGGGUUGUUGGCAGGUUAAGCGAAAGACAUGGAAAGAAAAUUUAAUUAAAGAAUUGGAGUAUAAAACUCAAAUAAAUCCUGUUCCAUUACCAGAAAAUUUAGACGAUCUACAAGACAUGGAAUACCGUUCUGUUAUUUUAAAAGGAACAUUUAAGCACGAGAAAGAGAUAUAUCUUGGACCUAGGUCUUUUAUUCAAGUUGAUGGCGCUGAAUCACGAGGUGGAUUGUUUUCUCAACAAAAUCAAUCAAACGGUUAUCUUGUUAUUACUCCAUUGAAACUAAGUGGAAGAAAUGAAACAGUAUUAGUUAAUCGAGGUUGGGUUCCCAGAAAACUGCUAAAUCCUCAAACAAGAAUUAAUGGGCAAAUUGAAGGUGAGGUUGAAUUAGUCGGCGUUGUUAGAAAAGGCGAGAAAAGGCCACAAUUUUCACCUGACCAUCGAGGUGACAUUUACUUAUAUCGGGAUUUAGAAAGAAUGUGUAGAGUGACGGAAAGUGAACCAUAUUUUUUUGAUGCUAGUUACACUUCAACAGUCCCUAAUGGGCCAAUCGGAGGACAGACCAGAGUAAAUUUGCGAAAUGAACAUUUGUCUUAUUUGAUAACAUGGUUUAGUCUAUCAGCAGCUACUUCUUACAUGUGGUAUCAACAAAUUCUGACAAAGGCAAUUAAAUAAUAAUAUCAUGUAAUAUAAAAAUAGGUUUUUUUUUAAUAUAUUGGCAUUAAAAUACGUAUACGUACAUAUAAUUAAA